GACCCUGUGACCUGCCGAGCCUGAGACUUCUGUCUGGCCUCCCAGGAGGGGUGCUGCCCCCUGCUGGGUCCCUCCUCUCCUGUCACCCCCGUGGGCGGGCCCACAGCUCUGCCGGAACCGGAACCGGCGGCACCAUGAGUGAGGAGUCAGGGAGCUACCUGGACGCCUACGACGACUAUAACGCCACCGCGGACUACGCUGCGGACCCCACCCUCCUGUGCGUCCUGAAGGACGUCCGAGACUUCUCGCGGCUCUUUGUGCCCAUCACCUACUCCCUGAUCUGUGUCUUCGGCCUCCUGGGCAACGUCUUGGUGGUGCUCACCUUCGCGUUCUACAAGAAGGCCAAGUCCAUGACCGACGUGUACCUCCUGAACAUGGCCCUGGCGGACAUCCUGUUUGUCCUGACGCUCCCCUUCUGGGCGGUGACGCACGCCACGGGCCAGUGGGUCUUCAGCAGCGCCCUGUGCAAGCUGGUGCGCGGCGUCUACGCCGUCAACUUCCACUGCGGCAUGCUGCUCCUGGCCUGCAUCACUACAAGAAGGCCAAGUCCAUGA